AUGGCCCGUCAGGGCGUAGCCGGCGGCAGCGUGGCCGCCAGGGCAUGGUCCGCUGGGGGCGCGGCCUGGCGGGGCGCAGCUCGCCAGGGGUGCGACCAUCAAGGCUUGGCGCGCCGGGGCGUGGCCGUAGGGGGACACAGCCUGCUGGUGGCGGAGGCGCGGGCCGGAGCGCCGCCGUCGGGUCGUAGGGCCGUGGCGCCGCCGUCGAGGCGCAAGGCCGGGACUCCGCCGCCGUCGGGGCGCAGGGCCAGCGUCGCCAAUGUGCACAUAGGCGCGGCUACAGGGGCACAACCGGCGUGGCCAUCAGGGCGCAUGUGGGGCCACCAGCGCGACGGCUCCGUCAUCCAGAGGGCGCGACCGGCGAGGCUGCAAGGGCGCACGCGGUCGUGGCCGCCAUGGCACGUGCGGGCGCAGCCACCGUGGCACGACCGGUGCAGCCGCCAGGGCACAUGCAGGGCUGUCGGCGCGACGAUCACCGGGGAGCGUGCGGCGUUGGGCGGGAGGCCCUGCAUGGAUGCGAGUUUAGGAAGAAGAGACAGAAGAGAUAGAGGAUAA